AGAGAGCGGGCGGCGGAGGAGGAGGAGGAGGGAGGCGAGGAUGGGGUCGGUGGAGCCGGCGGCGGCGCCUCCCCAGGACAGCAGCCUGCGUGAGGAGACGGCGCCCGGCUCGUCCCGGGCGAGGCGCGGUGCGGCGCCCCAGCCGCCCUCCAUCGAGGACUUCGCCAUCGUCAAGCCCAUCAGCCGAGGCGCCUUCGGGAAGGUCUACCUGGGCCGCAAAGCGGGGAAGCUGUACGCUGUCAAGGUAGUAAAAAAAGCUGACCUGAUCAAUAAGAAUAUGGUCCAUCAGGUGCAGGCAGAGAGAGAUGCCCUGGCUCUCAGUAAAAGUCCUUUCAUUGUGCACUUAUACUACUCACUUCAGUCUGCCAACAAUGUCUACUUGGUAAUGGAGUAUCUCAUUGGUGGAGAUGUUAAAUCUCUUCUUCACAUAUAUGGCUAUUUUGAUGAAGAAAUGGCAGUGAAGUAUAUUUCUGAAGUAGCACUGGCUCUUGAUUACCUUCACAGGCAUGGGAUAAUCCACAGAGACCUGAAGCCAGACAAUAUGCUGAUAUCUAAUGAGGGUCACAUUAAGUUGACAGACUUUGGUCUCUCCAGAGUUACUCUGAAUAGAGAACUAAAUAUGAUGGAUAUUCUCACUACACCAUCCAUGUCUAAACCUAUGCAAGACUAUUCACGCACUCCUGGACAAGUGUUGUCUCUCAUCAGUUCCUUGGGUUUUUAUACCCCAGUGGCAGGGACAGUACAUGCACCUAGUCCAAGCCCUCUUUGUGGAAAUACAUCUCGGCUUUCUCAGCGAUUUGUUUCCCCGCUAUCCGUGAACCACAAAGACUACAGUUCUGUGUCAAACAAGCUACUGAAAGCAUGUUUAGAUUCUUCAGCUAUAACACCAGGAAUGCCUGUGAGGAGUCUGACCCCAACUCUGCAUCAGUGCAGGAAAAGGUUUGGGACCUCCAGCGCCAGUAGCCAUUCCCGCACCCAAUUAUCCAGCAUGGAGUCAGAGUGCUGCAGCAGCCCCAGGUGGGAAAAAGACGUGCAGGAAGCAGAAGAUAUACUCUCAUCUGCCCCAGGCAAAGAGAAUGUACCAGAGAAGGCCAAGGAUACAAAUUUUCUGCUUGUCAGUGAUGCUAAAGGCUUAAAGCAGAAAACACUGGAGUCUGUCAUCUCCCCUAUUAGUAGCAAUGACUCUGGGAACAGGCGCAAAGGACGGAUUGGACAUUUUGACUCAUGUGAUAUUUCUAUAAGGACUAGCGCUAUUAAAGACCUCGGCCGAAAAUGUCUUUCAGAAUAUAAAGAAUGGGAAGAAAAGGGCUGUACAGAACAACCUGCUCUGACUAAAAAGGUUGCAAAAUCUAGUUACCACUUGUCCCUUUUGGGAGAUAAGGAGACAGUGUUGGAGAUGCGAGGUGUCAAAAGAUCUUUUGAAUCAAUUGACACCAGCCCUUCACAAGAACGGAUCCUUGCCAAAAAAAGCAAUUCAGAAUACAAACGGGGCUGUAAAAUUCCAGAGAAACAAAGCACAGGUUUAACAACUGAAAUCUGUUCUUUAAAACUUGAUGGACACCUGCAAGAGACCUGUACAAAUGAAGCUCAAGCAAAAGAUUGCUGUUGCACUGAACAAAACAGGGGUUGCAAACCAGCCAAUCCUCUAAUAGCAAAGAAUCUCAUGCGUGAUCUAGAUGCAGAUUGUGAAAAAAAUGAGAAAAAGGAACACAUGAAUUCCAGUUUCUUAUCCAUUGAUGAUGAAAAGCCUUUAGCAAGCAUGAGUGUAGACUCGGAUCUGUCCCUUCGAGAAGUAUCUACUGCAGAGAGUCACUUGGAAAAGCGCCUUUCCGAUUUCGAUGGAAGCAUUAAAGAUCUCACCUUUGAGGAGCUAAAAACAGAGGACAUGUCAACAACAUCACCUUAUUGCUCAGGUGCCUUGCCAAGAAGUGAAGAAGUACAUGCUGUCCAGGAGAGCAAACCAUUGUAUCAUGAGCAGGACAAAAACCUGAAAGGUGUCACUGAAAUGCACACUGACAAUAACUGCUCUUCAUCUGUGGAGAUGAAGGCACUGAAACUCUUAAAGAAAAAUGUGGUUGCUUUUCGGAGUUACAACAGUCAGAUCAGUGUGUCUAAUACAUCUGAGCCUUCGAGAAUUAGCUGGAUGACUGUAGAAGGAAUGGAUAUCUCUGCUUGCAGUGGCUCUUAUCCCAUGACUGUUACACCUGCACAAAAGGGAGCACCUUACAACGUAUUUCAGACCCCUCAAGGAAACAGUGGUACACCAUACAGGACCCCCAAGAGUGUCCGAAGAGGAGCUACUCCAGUAGAGAGAGAACGCAUUUUAGGAACCCCUGACUACUUGGCACCCGAGCUCCUCUUAGCAAAGGCUCAUGGUCCUGCAGUAGACUGGUGGGCACUUGGAGUUUGCUUGUAUGAGUUUUUAACUGGAAUUCCACCAUUCAAUGACGAAACACCACAACAAGUAUUCCAGAAUAUUCUGAAAAGGGAUAUUCCGUGGCCUGAAGAUGAAGAGAAAUUGUCAGAUGGUGCUCAGAAUGCAAUAGAAGUUCUUUUAACCAUUGAGAGCAGUAAGCGAGCUGGACUCAAGGAGCUGAAACUUCACCCCCUCUUUCAUGGUGUGGACUGGGAUAAUCUGCAUAAUCAGACCAUGCCCUUCAUACCACAGCCAAAUGAUGAAACAGAUACUUCCUAUUUUGAAGCUAGGAAUAAUGCUCAGCAUCUAACAGUAUCUGGAUUCAGCUUGUAGUACGGGAAAAUGGAAUUAUUUUCCAGAGAACGGCACAUUUAAGAAGCUUCCUUAACAUAAGUUUUACUCUCUAUUUUCUAACGCACCUAAGUUUUUUAAAAAACCUGAUUUGCUUUUAACUCUGCAUAUAUAUUUAUAUAUAUUUCUUACAAGCUGUAUUGAAACCAUUCAUUCCAAACAGCUUCUGAACUAUAUUUUUAGUCUACUUACAGCACCUUAUGUAAGUCUUUAAGUAUUACGUAUUUAAUGGUGGUAUAACACAGUGACACUGAACAAAAUGUCAAAUGUUGGGAGGAAGAGCUGCUUUGUUGUUGAGCAUACCUGGGAGGUUAAGUGCAUAGUGAUUAUUUUGGUGCCUCCAAUUCAGCCACUUUACAGACUCAAUUCAAAACUGGUUUUCUGACUUUUCAAGCUGUGCCUGUAGAGCAGCCAGAAGAUGCUCCUAUCCCAUUGUGUUCCACAUACUUUAGGUAGUUUGUAUACUGCCUGCCCUGCUGCUUAAGCUGCCAAUGUACUAAAUUAUCUCUAAUGUCAUUGUCAAGGUCUGUUUCUCCCACCCACCUUACCUAUGAACAUUGUUUAGGUCCUCACCAAUGCCAUCAAUCAGCCUAUUACCUAUCUCGUCAACUGUCAUUUUAUUUUUGGUGUUGUUGCCUAUCUUUAAUUCAAAAUAUUAUCAUGUUCAAAAUGAAACUAUCAUCUGAAUUAUCUAGCAGUCAUUACAGAGGUUAUCCAGUUUUCUUCCUGUAGGCAAUAUGCCAGUUUUCUGCCUGUAGGCAAUAUGAGUAAUUCAGCAAUUAACACCUGCCUACAUGCCGCUGCCAGUAAAUGCAAUUAAUAAAUGAUAAAGGUGUGAAGUUAUUCAUUGAUCUUAACAGCCCAGAAUAAAUGAUUACACAAUAUUUUCAGCAGGUGUACUGGUAUUGUGUAAGGUGUAUAGAGCAAUACUUUGAAACAAGUGAGCUGUCCAUGCAAAUGAAUAAAAUGAGAACUGUGAGCUAGCUUGCUCUCAGAGCCUACCUACUUUGCAAUUCCCAGUUAGUUUCCUCCUCCAUAUAAUCAGUGGUGAUGGUACCUUCAGGUAUCUUCAAGCCUUUCGGGCCCAGGACCCACUUUUAACCCAGACACAGGGGCCCAUUUCUUAAUCUUUUACCAUAUAUUUGCAUGGUGACAGCGCUCCUGUUGUGACCCACCCUGGGUCAGGCCAUGACCCACUAGUGAUUCUCAACCCACCAGUUGAACCCCAAUGGCUUAUUAGAGGAAAGAGUCUCAAAACCUGACAAUCUGCUGGAGUACUUACCUGUUUUGGAGACACACUACCUGGUUUACCUGCUGCUGUCACCCUCCACCCUUUGGGGAAGACUGAAAGUUUUGUAUUUCCACAACUGCUCUCCUACCUCCCCUUCCUUAAGCUGUGCCCUGAAGCUCUGGUGAAAACCAGCUAUGAAGCAGCAGGAAGACUGUCCUUUUUAAGAAAGCGUAUUUUCUGAAGCUGAUCCCCUUCAUCCUUGAUAAGAAUAAAGCAACUUGGAACAAUUAGGACAAGAGUAUUCUUAUUGUCAUAUUCCAACCCAGUCACUGUUUUGAGAACCUUGAAAUCUUAAACUUCCAACAGGCCUAUGUUACAUUCAAUCAAUCAAUCAAUCAAUCAAUCAAUCAUUCAGUUGUAAAAUGUCCUUGGAUAAUGCGCCUGUCAUUCUUUAUUAAAUGUUAUUUACAGUAGAUUAAGAUGAACUAACAUUUAAAACUUCAAAAUCAUGUUCUAGUAAACAAGGCAGAAAUUCUAACUCCUGUAAUUACAUUAUUUAUAUAGCAUAUAACAGGUGUGAAGGUGCUUUUCUUCAAGACCUUGCCAUCAGAGCAGAUGCAACACUGCCCAUGAGCUUUCUGUAAUGAGUUACACAGUGCAAAAAAUGUCACAGUCCAGAAAUUACUUUAAAGUAGGUCAGUUGACUGCAGUAGGUUCAUGAAGGAGUAAGCAGCUAUGGAGUUGCUGCUCUUUUCACAGGUCUAGAAUACGUUUUUCUAUUUUUUCAAUACACCAACUGAAAAGCAAUCACUUUAGGUUGAUUUUUAUAACAUCAUAUAACGAAAGGUAAUGUUAGUUAAAUGCUAACUUUCUCAUUUGCUAUAGAAAAGUCCCUUCUAGUUGUAGUCUGAGAUGUUACUACUGAAAUUAUCAGGCUGUUAUAUCCAAAUAGGUAUCUAAUCAAGUAGAAAUCUAAUAAAGUGACAAUGCUAAAAUUGUCUUGAAAGUGUUUAAAGGAAAGAGACUUGCACCUGUAAAGGGUAUGAGAAAAUGCCGCAGCAAUUAGGUAUGUAAAACAAUUAAAACUAUAGAAAUAUUGUCCUAAAGUUUCAAAAAGCAAUGGCCCUAAGCUGCAAAUGCAACAAAAGUUUGAGUGCCAACUGCUGCUUUAGAGUACUCACAUGUGCAUAUGUGCACAUGCAGACACGCACAGUGGUCUAAGCUGACAGUGCUGAUUAGCCAUGGGAGCAGGAAGGGGCUAACUGGCUUGAGUCAAGGGGCAAAAUUACACUGACACCAGUUGAAUCUGUGCCAGGAUUGUCACUACUUCUAACAGAAGAUGGGAAGACUGAAUGCUUGUCCCAAUUUUUUAAAAAAAUCCUCCACACAGAAACAUGGGAAGGAAAAGCUCUCUUUUUUAUUUAAAAUAAUGUGGAAUUUCUGGUAUGGAAGAACAUUCAAUCAUACAAGCCUCACCUGCUGUAUUUGGUAAUAGUCAUAGGUUUAUAACCCUAGUGAGAAAAUAUAUAAUAGAGGCCCUUUUACCAGGUCUAGCCUGCACAUGUAGCACAGCUUAGUCACCUUUAAGGUGUAUUGGAUGCAGGAUUUUCCUGCAGCAGCAGCAGCAGCUUCCUAUUGCCCUAGCACUGGAGCCAAUCCAUUCACAACAGCCCGUUUCUAUACAUUUCCUGGGACAGCAGUGUAAGUUUUUAACAUGCAUUUUGAACACCUUCUAAAUUAAUAUUAUGCAACUUCUAAAACUGAACAUUAAGGACUAUUUACAAUAAACUGUACUUACAUUCUUGUUCCAUUGAUUUCAAUAAGACAAUGUAGGUUAGGGGGUGCCAGGGCCAUUUUACGUACUUUGUUCUGUGUACUGAGUUCUGAAUCUAUCGUGCCAUAUUCAAACUCUGACUGCUGGUCUAACAAAUUAAGAUGCUUGACUUGUUUUUUAAAGAAGCAUUGAUGGUCCCCAUGGAAGUACAAUCUACAGCUUCAAACACUUUAUUUGUUUCCUAAAAAACUACCUCAUCUAUGUAGCAGCAAUUUAUAUAUUAGAUCUCCCAGAGCUACAAUGUUAAUUGCAGUCAUACAAUCCAGGUACUUGGACUAUUCUAGACUUUAAAGUUUCCUCUGCUUAUUGUAUGUUUUGUAUGCUAUGUGGAAAGUCUUGUGCGGCAUUAUAAAAUAAAUCAUGUUAAAAGUAA